UCAACGAUCGUUCCAGUAAUCGCUCUCUUAUCAUCGAGGCGAGCAAUUGUGUGUACAAGAUUCGAUUCCGGUAUCUCGACUAUUUAAAAUAAAGGAUUAGAGUAUUACUAACUAUCAUCGCGUAAGGAACACACGUAAGCAACGUCCGCUGCAGAUUCCACGAGAUAAAGACAUCGACAGACAGAGGAAGGAGCAAAAAAAUGGCAAGUGAGAAAAUCGUGUCGGACGAGCGAUUGUACGAUUACUUGCGUACAUACACAAAAUCCAUCAAGCUAUCGGCUCCAAAAUUUCAUAUAACUGAGGGUACCAAUAAAGGUGACAAUUACGUGAGCCUCGUCUGCCGCGCCACGAUCGAGGGCAUUGCUGAAGAUGGCGAGGACGAGAAAAUUCAGCUUAUUCUGAAAACUACGCGAACUUUGGACACCGACGAGAUGCUGACUAGCAGCCGAGUCACAGAUAUGUUCCAACGCGAGCUGUUCUUCUACAAAGAAGUGUUGCCUAUUUUCAAAGAGACUUUGAAGGACCGCGGCGGGAUUAUCGACCGCUUUCCUAUUUUAUACGACGUUAGCGAGGAAUCCAAUAAAGAGAUACUAAUGUUAGAAGAUCUAACGCCUCAAGGUUUUGUGAUGGCUACGUCAAAAAUUUUGGAUUACCCUCAUCUCAGCUUGGCGUUACGAUGCUUAGGUGAAUUUCACGCGUACAGCUUCAUUACGCGUGUCGCGGACCCGAUAAGCUUCGAAAAACUAAAGAUGAAGGAACACUUGUUUACUCAAAAAUUAUACGAUAAUAGCGAGGAUAAGCAGAAGAAUAUGUUAAAAGUGCUCAUUGAUGUCAUUUUCCAGGCUUUAGCGAAUGAAGAUAAACAUUAUAUCGAAAGAUACCAACGAUUCUUAGAAAAUAUGAUGUCAAAUAUGAUUGAUGCAGUUGAUGGAAAAGCCGCUGAGCCGUACGCCGUUGUAAAUCAUGGUGACUCUUGGACCAACAAUAUGCUCUUCAAAUACGACCAAGAGAACAAUCCGUGCGACUUGCGUUUUAUAGAUCUUCAAAUAUGUCGUUACGCAUCUCCUGUCUUAGAUAUAGUUUAUAUGCUUUUUUGCUGCUGCACGCAAGAAACACGAAGUAAAUAUUUCGAUCAGGUGAUAGACGAAUAUUAUGAAGCACUAUCCAGGUGUAUCGAAAGAGCCGGUUAUGAUCCUAAUAUUCUUUUUCCUUACGAAGUAUUAAUUCAACAUUUAACUAAAUUCGGAAAAUACGCAGCGGGAAUGGCAACUUACACUAUACACAUAUUUACCAAUAAUAAUGAGAUAGAAAUAAAAGAUACGUACGACAGUGGUAUACUCCAAGAAAGAAUUGAAAAUGAUAGCUUUUAUAAAAGUAUGUUAAGAGAUACUUUCAAAGAUCUCAUCGACAGAAAUUACAUAUAA